AUGAAAGGGCGCCAGUAUUUNUUAUCUUCUAAUUUUUGGUUUCCAUCCAGACAAUUAACUUUUUUGUUCGAUUUCAGUUCCGACUUUAAACCGACCAUCGCCUUUUGGUUGUUUCAAACAAUAACAGGUAUAACCGGCAUUCUUUUGUUCGCUAUUGUAUGUAUAAUGUUUGUUUUCUCGCAUCCUUACAUCAGGCAAAAAGCAUAUUCUUAUUUUUGGUCAACCCACAGUCUGUACAUUAUUUUCUUCGUCCUAUGUUUAAUUCACGGAUUGGCGAGGAUCACUGGCUCGCCACGUUUUUGGAUGUUUGUAAUUGGACCGGCGAUAAUCUUCACUAUUGAUAAAAUCGUAAGUUUGUAUACAAAAUACAUGGAAUUGGACAUCUUAGAGACAGAACUGCUGCCUUCAGAUGUAACCAGAUUAAAGUUCGCAAGACCACCCAACUUUCGUUAUUUAUCGGGUCAGUGGGUGAGGCUUUGCUGUACUUCUUUCAGUCCGAAUGAAUAUCAUUCCUUAACUUUGACUUCUGCUCCACACGAAAAUUAUUUGUCCGUCCACGUAAAAGCUCAAGGACCUUGGACUUGGAAGCUUAGGAAUUAUCUAGAUCCCAGCAAUUUAAGCGAUGCGCCUCUUCCAAAGCUACGUUUGGAAGGUCCUUACGGAGGAGGCAACCAAGACUGGUACAAAUUCGAAGUUGCGAUAAUGAUCGGUGGAGGAAUUGGAGUGACUCCAUACGCUUCCAUAUUAAACGAUUUAGUUUUCGGUACCUCGACUAAUAAAUAUUCAGGCGUGGCUUGUAAAAAGGAUUGA